AUGGUGAUCCUGACGGCGAGGGACGAGAAAAAGGGAUCAGAAGCAGUGGAGAUGCUUCAUGGAUCCGGACUACCUGAUGUACAGUUUCACCGGCUGGACGUCAGUGAUCCAACUGACGCUGCCCGUCUGGCUGAAUUUAUCCAAGAGAAGUUUGGUAGGCUCGACAUACUGAUCAAUAAUGCAGGGGUUAUAGGUGUAACUACAACUGCAGAGAUUGGUACCACAACAACAAUUCAGGAACUAUAUUUCAGUGGUGAGGACCUUAAGCAAGAGCUAAACGAUAUUGACAACCUGACGGUAGAGAGGCUAGACGAGAUGCCAGGUUUGUUCCUGAAAGACUACAAGAACGACCAGCUGAAAUCUCAUGGAUGGCCUGCUGAUUCUGGGUGCCUGGCCUACAAGGUAUCCAAGGCUCUGACCAAUGGCUAUUCCAGGAUACUGGCGAAGGCGCGCCCGGAAUUGCGCAUCAACAGCGUGCACCCUGGCUUUUGCAAGACUGACAUCAACUUUGACACUGGCGAAUACACCGCGGAGGAUGGUGCCAGUUGCAUUGUUGCGGUGGCGCUAUUGCCGGAAGAAGGCCCAACUGGCAUGUUCUUCUCCCGCACAGAAGAAGCACCCUUUGUGGUUGCUGUUGUCACCGGAGGGAACAAAGGAAUUGGGCUGGAAGUAUGCAGGCAGCUAGCCUCCAGGGGCGUCAUGGUGAUCCUAACGGCGAGGGACGAGAAAAAAGGAUCACAAGCAGUGGGUAUGCUUCAUGGAUCCGGACUACCUAAUGUACAGUUUCACCGCCUGGAUGUCAGUGAUACAACUGACACUGCCCGUCUGGCUGAAUUUAUCAAGGAGAAGUUUGGCAGGCUAGAUAUCCUGAUCAAUAAUGCAGGGGUUAUAGGUGCAAGUGCAAGUGCAGAGAUUGAUACAACAUCAAUUAAGGAAGAGCUCGUAGGCAAGAACGCCAUGGACAGGCUACACUGGUUGCUGCAGCACUCCACGGAGAGUUAUGAGGAAGCAAGAGAAUGCCUGAAAAUAAACUACUUCGGCACCAAAUAUGUGACCGAAGCACUCCUCCCAAUCCUUCUGUCCUCCUCUGACGGACGGCUCAUCAACGUGUCAUCCAACUACGGACUACUCCAGUAUUUCAGUGGCGAAGAUCUUAAGCAAGAGCUAAACGAUAUUGACAACCUGACGGUAGAGAGGCUAGAUGAGAUGUCGGAGUUGUUCCUGAAAGACUACAAGAGUGGCCAGCUGAAAUCUCAUGGAUGGCCUGCCGAUUCCGAGUACCUGGCCUACAAGGUAUCCAAGGCUCUGACCAAUGGCUAUACCAGGAUACUGGCGAAGGCGCUCCCGAAAUUGCGCAUCAACAGCGUGCACCCUGGCUAUUGCAAGACUGACAUCAACUUUGACACCGGCGAAUACACCGCGGAAGACGGUGCCAGUUGCAUCGUUGCGGUGGCGCUAUUGCCGGAAGGAGGCCCGACUGGCGUGUUCUUCUUCCGCACAGAAGAAGCACCCUUUGUGUAA